GGUGUGUUGAUUUUCCGGGGACGGCGCUCAUGGAGGCUCGGGAGCAGCGAGGCGUCUGAGGGGGUUCGCCGGCCGCCGCCAUGUUCGGCUGCCUGGUGGCGGGCAGGCUGGCUGCUGCCUUGUCGAGCGUCCUUGCCGGGAGGCGUUUGCGCAUCCCCCUGGCAGUGUUGUCUCCUCAGAGACAAGCUGGGAGCUUAAAAGAAGCUUUUUAAGGCUAGAUUGUGCCUUGGCUGCAAGGAUGUGGCAUCUCGGGUUUCCAUGAUCCUGGGGUUGUGCCAGCCAGGUGGUCAACAGCCACUUCUUAGUGACUUGGCAACCUCUUCUGCACCCUAUUUUCCUCCUACGCACAUGGGGAGCGAAGGUACAAGCUGCGCCCCAACAAGUGGCUGAAGACAAAUUUGUAUUUGAUUUACCAGACUAUGAAAACAUCAACCAUGUAGUGGUCUUCAUGCUGGGAACUAUACCAUUUCCAGAUGGAAUGGGAGGAUCUGUCUAUUUUUGUUACCCAGACCAGAGUGGGAUGGCAGUGUGGCAGCUGCUGGGGUUUGUCACUAAUGAGAAGCCAAGUGCCAUCUUCAAAAUUUCUGGUCUGAAAUCUGGCAAGGGAAGUCAACAUCCCUUUGGUGCCAUGAACCUCCCACAGACACCAACAGUGGCUCAGAUUGGAAUCUCAGUGGAACUGCUGGAGAACCUGGCCCAGCAGACUCCUGUUGCAAGUGCUGCUGUGUCAUCAGUAGAUUCAUUCACAGAGUUCACUCAGAAGAUGUUGGAUAACUUCUAUAACUUUGCUUCCUCAUUUGCUGUUACUCAGGCACAGAUGACCCCAAAUCCUUCUGAAGCUUUCAUUCCUGCAAAUGUAGUUCUGAAAUGGUAUGAAAACUUUCAGAGACGUCUGACACAGAACCCUCUCUUUUGGAAAACAUAAGCUUAAAUUCUGUCAUUUGGAGUUCUUUCUAAAGUGUUACCUGAAAGAUGCAUCAAGUAACUCUACUGAAGAUUUUGGUGGGGGGGGGAAACCCAAACAACGAUUAGUCUAAAUAGACAAACUAGUAACUUUUAUAUUACUAUUGAACAGUAUUUAAAAUUAAAAUCAAUGAAAAU